AUGAUGGCAUCGGAAAACAUCAACGAGGAGACAACUGUGGGCUCAGGGACCCUCAUCCUGGCACAACCGAUCAAGCCUUCAUCCACAAAGCCAAAAACUGAACAACCAACUGCUGCAACUUCUACCGGACAGGAGAAACAGACCCCAUUAUCAGGCUGCCACAAGCUUUUGAGCGAGCAGGAUUUGGAGAUCGCAAUGUUUUCGCUCCAGGAGCAUGACUCUGCUCGAGCGCCUUCUGCCAUGUCUACACAUGGGUCGUACGACCGGAGCAUAUCCGUUAUGUCGCAUGAAAUGAGCGAGACCGAUAUCCCCGAAUCAGCCCUUGCGCUGGCCAAGAUGCAGAACCCUCCUGCUUCGUCUGAAUCACAACCAUCCUUUGAGGUGCGAGACCUUACAUUUUUGGAUGACAACUCGCUCUGCAUCUUGUUGAACUCUUCCAGACCUGCCGUUGCAGUCGACAAUGCAAGCCAUGCAAGCGCCGCACAAGAUGACCAGUUUGUUGUGUCUGUUCCUCUGCUCACACCCAACCGUCCAUACCAACCAGUAUCGACAUUACUGGUGCCAUUGGAAUCUUUUGACGCCUCUUACGACUGUGUGGUAGACAGACUGGUUCAUGCUCUGGACAGAGCGAGAUCGCAGGACACCCACGCUACAACAUCCUCUGCGUUCAGUACUUCGGGAGCCAUCAACGUGUACACACUACCGAUCGACCGAUCCCGCUGUGUCACGCCGUUAGAUGGACAGACUUUGAUGGAUGUGGAUGGUGCCUCUCGUUCGUUCUCGUUUCUUAAGCCGGCGUCGGAGGGCUCUUCUUUAGAUGCUCGGCAUCAGCAACAACAGCAGCAGGAUCGGCAGAAGAGUGGGCCUAUGCGGAUAGCGUGCAAUGAUCGGGACAAGGGUCAAGUCAUCAGCGUCCAUAGUCACAACGAGAUUAGUGUGUUUGAUGUGUAA